AUGUCGCGGCCAAUACAAAUGACAUAUAUGACAUAUUCAGCACAAAGUUUUAACUACAAUUAUCAGUGUUAUACCAACCAUUAUCCUAAUCAUUAUCCUGCAUCUGUUGAAUAUCCAUUGGAUAACUAUGUCUAUAGAAAAAAGACAGAUGACAACCAAUGGUGGGAAUUAUUUGAUCCGAAUACCUCCAGAUUCUAUUAUUAUAAUGCCAGUAGCCAGAAAACGGUCUGGCACCGACCACAGAAUUGUGAUAUCAUUCCAUUAGCUAAAUUACAGACAUUAAAACAAAAUACAGAAGUUCGUGAAGCUGAUCAGCGCAGACGUGAAAAUUCUGUGAAACGUGAAAUGGGUACACAAACACCAGUUUCUACACCACGUCGUGAACAUAAUAGAAGUGGAUCUCUGAAAAACACCAGCCAAACACAGAAUAGCCCAAGAGUUUCACGAAAGAUUCGUUACGCUCGACAAGAUUCCAACUCAUCACACAGUAGCUCUAGUCGCCAAGAUCAUGUUAAUGGGGAACAACACAGACGUAGGGGAAGUACUUCCUCCCAAUCCACAUCCAGUAGUUAUCCACCAACAGAAUCACCAGCCAUACCACAUAUCAAUAGAAGAGAGUCUUUCGAAAUGCCUAGUAGAACUGUCUCUGAGUCCCCUAGACCUACUCGGUCUAGAUCCUUACACAAAUCGUCUAGUGCUAGUGAUAGUAGCAGUGCUCACAGUCGUCAAGGAAGUGGCAGACGUUAUGACUCGGAUCAAAAAGAUGACAAUUAUAACAUCACACCACCAGUAUAUCACCGACAAGGCAGUUUUUCAGAUCAGUAUCAUCGUCAGGGAAGCAUUUCAGAACAAAUAGCUACCACAUAUGACCAAGAUGGCUAUCCAACUACUGUAAGCUAUGUAAGACCAGACAACUACUCCCAGGAUGUGCUCAUGACCCAUGAAAAACUUUAUAGUCCAGACCUUCGUGGACAAAAUGAAUAUUUGGCUUUUAGUCAAGAUAUUGUUAAUCAACAAGGCAAUGUUAGUCCCAUUCCACAAAAGCCAAAACUGAGAGCUUUCCCUCGAACCAAUCCAACAUAUGUUCAUCGUACAGCUCCACACAAGAAGCACAGUUUAGAGUCAGGUAUUCCUGGCUAUGACGUUCCAUAUCAUGACCACCCUCUUUCAGCCAGCAUGGGAAUCCAGACUUCACAGUCAUAUACAGAGAACCCUGAAGCUUACAUGUAUUAUCGUCAUGACAGAUCAGACAGUGACACAUCACAUUCCUCACAACGAGGCUAUUACGUCUUACAACACGAUAGACACGACAGUCAGGUUUCACAGACAUCACGCAAUCGAGAUCUUUCGGACAGUCAAUCAUCACAUGGAUCCACAAGGAACAUGUCAGACAUUCAUUCUUCUCAAGGAUCUCUACGAAACCUUCAAGACAGUGCUGUGUCUGUUCAUGAUAGCUAUUCCUCCAGAGGUUCCAAUAGAAGUAUGGAUCACAGUAUGUGCCACGAUCGCUCUGGAAGUAAUUUGUUACAGAGGUCUCUGAUACUCAGUGGUUCAGAGGCCGAGAAAGAUGGAGAUUAUGCUAAUGUUCCUGCUUUACCACCAAAAACCACUGCUAGUACCACCAUGUCUAGUUUAUACGAUCAGCAUAUCUAUAGACAGAUCUCGGCUGAUAAAAUUCCUGAUUAUGAAGUAAUAGCUGAUCAAGGUUUUGAAGAAUCAGAUAGUAGCAGUAUUUUCUCCACAUCUUCACCUCGUACCAUUCAGCCAUCUCCUCCACAGCAUCAUCAUAGUCAAUCUUCAUACUCUUCUGUACCACCACCUUCUGGCUCCCCUCAACCACCAACCACAACUCAUAAUAUAUUCCAACCAUCAGCUCAACAGCAAAUGAUAGAGAUGCAGAUUGCAUCUACCCAUAACAUUUUCCAACCCUCAGCUCAGCAACAGAUGAUAGAAACUCAACAUGCAUCCUUACGCAGAAAGAAGAUGGCAGAGAAAGGUGAUGCAAACACUAGUCCUGUGAUGGAGAAGAGUCAGAAUAUACCUAUAGAUAUUAAUCAGCAAAGACCACAAUCUAUGGUAGUUGGUUCCCAGUCAGAUUCUAAUAACAUGUCACUUAGUCCCAGUACUGGUUCAUUGAAUAGACAGAAAUUACCAUCAGAAAGCGAUAUUGAGAAUUACGCUCAACAACAUAUGAAUAGACAUAAAAAAGGAUUAUUUGGAAAGAAAGUUUCUAUAAGUAAUAUGCUGACAUGGUCUAAGGACCCUAUACAGAAACCAAUGUUACGAACAAAUGAUAAACUAGCUAAGAAGGAAGCUUGUGAAGUUUUUAAAUAUAUCCUUUUAUAUAUAGGCCUAACAGUUUGUAUCAUUUAUCUGACACAAUUUCUAUAG